AUGGAGCACCUCGGGGCUCACCACCUGCACCAAGGCCAAGCCGAACCCAUCAGUUUCGGCAUCGACCAGAUCCUCAACACCUCGGAGCCGGGCAGUUGUAUGGUUUCCCACCCGCGGCUUCAGGACACGGCGGAUUACGGCUUGGGCUGCAUCGUGGGCAGCGCCUAUAACACGGUCACGGGUGGUUACGGGGCGAACGGCGGCGGCGGCGGCGGGGCGGCCGGUGCUUACACCGGUACCUCCUGCAGCAUGGGCGGCCUGCCCGGCUCCUACAACGUGAACAUGGCGGUGAGCAUGAACGGCAACACCUUGAGCUCGGCCGGGGGGGUGAUCCGCGUCCCGGCCCACCGCCCGGUAACCGGCGGAGUCCACCAACCCCUCUCCGCCGCCGUCCCGGCCGUGAACGGCAUGAACAGUCUCACGGGGCUCACCUUCCCCUGGAUGGAGAGCAACAGGCGAUACACAAAAGACAGGUUCACAGGUCACCCCUACCAGAACCGCACCCCCCCCAAGAAGAAGAAGCCCCGCACCUCCUUCACCCGCCUCCAGAUCUGCGAGCUGGAGAAACGCUUCCACCGGCAGAAGUACCUGGCGUCGGCCGAGCGAGCAGCCCUGGCCAAGGCCCUCAAGAUGACGGACGCCCAGGUGAAGACCUGGUUCCAAAACCGACGCACCAAGUGGAGGAGGCAGACGGCGGAGGAGCGGGAGGCCGAGCGGCAGCAAGCGAACCGCAUCCUCAUGCAGCUGCAGCAGGAGGCCUUCCAAAAAACCAUCAACCAGCCCAUCCAAGCCGACCCCAUCUGCGUCCACAACUCCUCUCUCUUCGCCCUCCAGAACCUCCAGCCUUGGUCCGACGACUCCACCAAGAUCACCAGCGUCACCACCGUCGCCUCCGCUUGCGAAUGA